CAGGUACCAUCCAACAAUUUUUUUUUGAGUUCUUGUAUUUUAAAAAAAAUUUAUCAAUCUAUAAUUUUCUCCACUAAAUCCAUGCAGGAUAUGCGAUCAGCUGAUCGGUCGCACUUUUCUUGCCACAAAUCAGCUACCACGCCUCAAAACCCUCAAGGUCAGCAAACUUCCACCACCGCAACGAAUUCCUUUAGCCCAACCUGGUAACGGGCAUCAACUACCAUUCUACAAGAUGCUCAAAGAGCGCAGUGCAUACGACAAAACUGCCAAAGCUUUUAUUCAACGAGAGAAGGCAGCUAAGGAGAUGUACGUAAAGUGUUUAUCACGAAGACUUUCCACGAGGUUUAAAAGUCUUAAAAAACCGAUUCUGUGA